GGCUCUCUUACCCGUGCCUCGCACGCUUGUUGCUCUGCUCUUGGACUAAAAAUAAAAAGUGUAUUUGCUAAUAUAUACCAAAUCACGAAACGCUAGAAAUGUUGUGGGAAAUUCAGAUUGUGGUUCACUGUUGAUAAAUGAAGUGGAAAAAAUAUUUGAGGGGAGAGUGGCGCAGCCUUCCUAUUCUCAGAUACGGUGAGAUGUUUUUAAUCAUGUGAGUUCAGGAACGAAGAUCCUCGCAACCGAACCCAACGCAUUCCCGGGUUCGAGACACCGUGAGAGUGAGUGAGACGGAUUCAAUGUAGCGACGUUUUUGCAAAAAAGCCCAACAGUGAACCUCCUGCUGAAGAAGGCUUCUUUGCGGGAACGAAGAACCCGUCAUCACAGGGUUCCAGAGGGAGAAAACUCUCACCCGUUUUCCCUUAUGGCCUGCGUUUGAAAAGAGGAAGGAAAUAGAGAUAUAAAAAAGGGGGGAAACAUGGCCAGCCGUGUCAAGAGGAACAAUUCGCGCGUCACCCGAAACGCGAGCAUCCUUCGGAAACAGAGCGUCAGGAAAAGCAUUCGAGACUUCAGCGUCUUCCGCUACUCCAGCUUCAUCGACCUCAUUUAUUUCGGGUCCAAGAACGAGGUUUGCAAAGCCUUGAAUAAGACUCGUGGUCUGUACCAGCGUUGGGGGGAACUCCAAGAGGACGGCGGGACGCCCGUCGUAGUCACCACCAGCAGAGAGGAGCUCGAGUGGACCAACACAGAGCUCAGGAACGCCCUCAGGUCCAUUGAGUGGGACUUGGAAGAUCUCGAGGAAACGAUUGGCAUAGUCGAGAAAAACCCGAGGAAGUUCAAGAUUGAUGGAAAUGAACUCGCUGCCAGGAGGACCUUCAUUGAGCAGACCAAAGAGGAGGUGAAGUCUAUGAAGGAGCGCCUCAACCUCACGAAGAAGGACCGAGACGUCACGGCUAGACAGGUACCAGAUAGCGCUGCGCCCAUAGACGAUAAUAGUCCCUUAAAGAUGCCUCAAGUAGUUACACAUGGACCCACUCGGUACAGCCGUUUGGUCAACGAGGCUGACAGCCCGAACAGUGAGUUCAUUGAAAGAACUCUUGCUCAACAACAGAUAAUUAUGAAUCAACAAGAUGAUCAGCUAGAUCAUAUUGCAUCAUCAAUGGGAACACUGAAAACAAUGUCUCGCCAAAUCGGCCAGGAAGUCGAUGAACAAGCUGUGAUGCUGGAUGACUUUGGACAUGAAAUGGAAACGACCCAGAGCAAGAUGGAAACCACACUCAGCAAAAUGGCCAAAGUCAUGCACCUCUCAAGUGACCGUCGCCAGUGGGCAGCAAUUGGUGCUCUGUCAGGAAUUUUAAUUGUCAUUGUGAUUUUAUUCUUUGUAAUUUAAAAUGAAGGUUUAAAGAUAGGAAAAGGUAAAUGCAAGUGAUAAAGAGACAGUAUGGUGAACUGCAGCUCAACCCCUCAUUAUUUGCACUUUAAUAAGUGAAAUAUACAUACAUAUAUACACAUACAUUAUAUUAAAGUAACAUGGUAUAUGUAUAUAUUGUACAGUAUAUGUAUUGCUGCUUUAGUUUACAUUGUUGUUAGAUUUGUAGGGUUUUCAUUCAAGGCAUAGGUCCAAGGUGCUUUUAUUGCUACUUUUAUGUUUUUAAGGAAAUUGUUGAGAGGAUUGCGCUUGUAAUUUAGGUGCCUCUAAUGACAGUUUUUCUCAGUGUAUAUGUACAUAUACACAUUUUCAUCCCAGGCCAUACAUCAUUUUAGUGUAUCAUAUUUAAUGUCCAGGAAGGUAAUAACUGUUACCUCAACAUCAUGCAUUCUCAAGGGCUUCUGCUUUUUAACAGAAAAAAUCAUUUAGACUGCUCUUAUCAUUUGUCAUAUUCUUUUACACUUGCAGUAUUUUGAUACUAAAAUGUAAAAAGUUAUAAUUUGACAGUCUUAUUCCUUCUUACUGUAAAAUUAAAUGUUAUUCAUAUUUGAGUUUUAAAUUUGAUUCUGAAUAGGGAAUCAUUAAAUGCUUUACAGAAUAGUAAAUACUAUACUUUUAUUGUAGAUAAUGAAAUUUCAAGUUUUUUUUAGUCAGUUACCUCUUUUAAUCACUUAAUGCUUUUAAAUUUUCCUUUGAUGUCACAAUAAUUUCAUGAUUAUUAGUUGUUAAUAAAUUGUGAAUUAUUGUGAUAGUGCUAUAUUUCAACUGUAUUUUAAUGAUAAUUUUAUUUAGUUUUUUACCAAUUGCAGCUAGAAGUAGUGGUAAGUUUCUAUUUGACUGACCAUUUAUUUGUUCCCAUUUCUUGAAAUUAACUGUUAUGAUGGUGCCAGAAGUUGUUAGGAAUACGUAUUGUAAUGUAAAAAGAAAAGCAUGUUGUCCUCUUAAUUAAACAUAUCAGUUAAGAAAGGGAAGGCUUAUUAAACAAAUGUGACUAGGAAACCUAGCAAAGCAUGGUAGCAAUUAAAAGGCCUUUGUCUAAAGCUUGGGGUCUAAGUUUUGUUGUAAUAUAUUAUCUGAGUUGUAUUGUGAUGACACCUUACAAUACUGUUUAGUUUUAGCCAGGUUAGCUCCAGUUCAUAAAUAAACCUUGGCAGCGAUGGAUUUUAUUAUAUGCAUAUCCAGCUGCCUCUUGUUUGCGUUGGCCAAUAGUGACCUGACACUGUGCUAUAUUUAGUUAAGAAAAUUUAAAGACAGUCGCUAUAUAUUUUCACAAUGGUAUUUCUUAUUACUGUACUUAAGUACUAUACUGAACAUGAAUUAGGCAGCAUUAUUGUAGUUAGGCAAAUAUUUCAGCUUAAUGUUCUCCUUUUAUUUAUUGUGAUGAUGGGCUACAAUAUGUAUUGUGGUUAAUGUCAAUGACUGGUGGUAGCAGUUGCAUAUGGUAUUAAUUUUUACAUUAUGUAGAAGUAGAAGGAAGUACGUACUACUUGUUUUCGGUAAGAUUAUUUGCUAAAGAAUUUUUAACAGUAAUACUGUAACUCUCAGACAUUAAAGACCAGAAUAAGGUUAACACAAAAGAUUACUACCAUAUUGUUGGUAGUACAUAUUCUCCCGUAUGAAAUAUUUUUGCAUAGAACCAAAUAGUAACCUAUUUUGGCUCUUCAGCUGCUUAUUGCCCAUUUUUAUGAUACAUAUCAGAAGUGAAUAUUAUUGGCUAUUUUUAUAUUUAUAUCACUGUUUACUAUUUUUAUAUUAGUUUAAAUUUCUAACAAAAAGUACUCCCUAUUUUUUAAUAAUCCUGUUUUUAAUACCUAAUCAUUUUUGUUUGAGUGACUGGACAACUUAGUUUACUGAAAUGAUAAAAUGUUAAAUUGGCUUUUUUAAGUCACAGAAUAAAAGAAAAAUCUUCCAAAUUAAAUUAAUGGAUAUCUAAUGAGGUAUAUUGAAAGGGAUGGAAAUUGAACUUGAAAUGAUGCAGUAGUUUUAAAAGGAUUGUAAAAGGAACAAAAUUAAAAUUAGAUCAUUAAUGUGAAACAGUGAAUUAGAAUAAUGAAACUUUACUUGUGGAUUUUAUAUUUUGAAAUAAUGAAUCUAAUAAAAUUUGCAGCGCUAAAUUUUGCUUUACAAUACUACGGAUUCUGUUACUGUUUGUGGAGUGUUACUGUUUUUACUUUUAUGAAGAUAAAAUGAAAUCUUGCAGUAGUAACUGUAUUUGUGGCUAACAUUCCAAGUAAUUUACAGCUCUCAAGAAAGUAUACCAUUUGUUCUUGUAACUGCUGGUUCAGUAUAUUCUAGUUAUCUCCCUUAUAAAUGUUCAGGAUGGUAUUUUUUAUGGAAACCAAGGCCCUCAAGUAGAAGAUAUUUGUUAAAAGUAUUUCUCCCACUCUUUUGCAUCUUCAGUUAUUUUGAGUGUCAAGACAUUGAGCACAUUACAGUAAUCCAUCUGCCCUUUUACUUACUGCUUAGAUAUUUUAAAGCUAUAACAACUCAUCUAUAUAUUAAAGUUAUGUGCCAUCUGCUUAGAUGGUGUUGCUGCUAGUUUUUAUCAUUAACACAAUCCAUUAGAAGACGUCUGUGUCCAGGAUGGUACUUUUAACUGAUUAGAAGUAUUUAUUGAUAAUUUCCUUGAUCAACUAAACAUUUGAAAUAUCAGUGCAGAAAAGUUAUUUGUAUAUUUUCAAUUCAAUGUACAUAAUUCUUCAAGCUCAAGGCAGUUGAGAGCAGUUUUCAGGCAAGAUGGAACCCAGCUCUUUUGACAAAGUAACUGAAAUAGAGAGAAAUUAGAGGCAUUAAAAAGUUAACCUUGACUACUGGUGAAGUUAUUUGACACAAAUUUAUUACAGUACUACUGGUAUUUUUCUUCUAGGUAGAUUAAAGUUCUUUUUUAGUGCAAUUAUUUUAUGCAGUCCAUAGUUGGCGCAAAAGAUAGGUUUUUAUUUUUACUGUAUACAAAAAAUAGCUUAUGUGAAAGUGUGGAGUGGUACCACAAUACUACUGUACCAGGUUCAUGUAUUUUUAUGUUAUGGAGGCAUAGUUUGUUAUGGCUGGUAUGAUAGGUACUGUAUAAUAAUUUGAACCCAAUUUAUCUUGGAUCUCGUGUAGAAUAUUGUAGUUUGGAAUUUCUGGACUGAAAGGGAUUUUAUGUGUGAUGUAGAGAUCCUGAAGAGUGCAGGUAGGUGCACAAUCCCUGUGUUAGAACCUGAAGGCUACUAGUAUAGACUUAUUUUACCAAAGGCACAUGGAAGUCUGUUAGCCACAGUUCAUACACAUACUCGUACAUAAGCUCUGGCACUGAUUUAUAUAUUCCAAAUGAUGUCUUCAGGAGAUCAGUGGUAGAUGUAUGACCCUGUCUUCCUUUGCUAAUUCAUUGGUAAAAUAUGAGAGAUGAGCAUAUUCAUCACUUGAAAUUUAAUCAAUCCUCUGAGCAAUUUUUAUAAAUCACUGUACAGGCAGUUUCCUGAUUAUGCCGGACUCUACUUUGUCAUUCCGAUCUUACGGUGCUUUACAAAUAUGUUCAUUAAAAAAAUUGGUUCAGGGUUAUGGCAGAUGUUCCGAAGUUAUGUUGUUUCAGUCGUAUAGAGCCAUAAGCGAGGAAAGACUGAAACUAGUUUCUGAGUGUGUAGUUGACCAGACAAUGACCUACGUACUUUGGGUUGCUCACACAUUGUAGCAAUAUCAAACAAUAGACUUAUUUGCAUGUUCACUUUCUUUUUAAGUAUCAUUUUCCGACUGCCGUUGCAUCUCAGAAGUGGAACUCCGACAUAAGUUAGGGACUACCUGUACAUAUAUCAUCUUCAUUUUUGUUUACUGAUAGUGUACAUAUCCUACUAUUUAAUAUACAUUACGUUGAAAUUUUCUUCUAGAAUUAGGACAAGUAUUUUAUGAUGGUUCACUUUGGUUCUGCAGCUUCAAUAAUAAUAUACAAUAUACUGUAUAUAUAUACACAAUUUUUAUCUUCAUUAUUGUGGGCCAUUCAAAAUGACAAAAACAGACCUCAAAGCAUUAUGCCCAUAUCUUUGGUAUACAGUAUACAAUAAAAAUAUUGAAAUGAAGGUUUUCAUCAUGCUACAUAAGUGAGCUGUCAUGAAUUAUUUUGUACUAUAUACCAUAUAUAUUUACAGGAUGUGUAGAUAUGCAGUAAAAUAAAUCCUAUAUAUGUUACUUAAUGAAUGUUCAUGAGGACAGAUGGUGUUCAUUUUUUUAUUUUUUUUUUAAGACCUUUUGAGUCAUUAACAUCAGUUAGGCAUUUAUAUAGCUGCUUUAUUCCCAGUGAAUUUUGUCACUGAUGCAUCCAUAGAAAACUAUACGUAAUGUAUUGCAAAUAUUGUUACUUUUUGUAUUUCCUAUAAUUUUUCAGUGCAAACUACAAGUUUCUUUAAUUUGUCAUUGAGAUCAAGAUUUUUGUUACAUCCACUAAAUAUAAAUGGCGAAUUCCUUCUGCACUCAUAGUAUUUUUAUAUCUACAUGUACAUUGUUCGAAUAAAAAUUAUUCGGCAGUUAAUCCGAUCCCUCAACAUCUAUGUUAAGGUAAAUUUGUAUUUAUAGGGCUGUUUGUGUAAUGGGAAAUCAGGAAAUAAGUCCAUUUCAUGAUUAGUGUGUUCCAUUUGUAUUCUGUUGAGAUUAUUACAACACAGGGAAUAAAGAUCAGGUUGGUUUAUUGUUUGAAUACAGAAUUUUGUAGUUUUGUAAGUAAAUGCUUUAUCUGAAAUGGGCUCAGAAGUUUUCUUGCAACUUUUACCCAGUUAAAAAAUUUACUUUUUUGUUAAAUGGAACAACUCAUUUACAAGUUUCAGCAUAUUUGCUUGCCGCUAAGAAAUGAGUUAUAAAUACUGUAUGUAGUGUUGGGCCUCAGUCUUCAUAGAUGUUAUAUUUAAAAUACUGGAUAGCAUUGAAGAACUUUUAAAAACCUUACUUCCUUUAGUCAUUUCAAAAAGUUUUUCUACUGAUUAAUCUUUGGCAAGAUAAUCUGAAAUAAAGUUGAAAAAUUUUUUUGUCAAUUGAAGCAAAAGCAGUUUUAAUCUGUAAAACAGUCCUCAUAACGAUGAUAAUUACUGAUAGUAAAAUCCAAGCACCAUAUUCUUUCCAGAAUACAGUAUAAGUUUAAGAGUGGUACAGGUACUGUACUCAACCAGUAGCUGUGAAACCCUCUUGGAAUGAAUGAUUUAUUAUCCCAAAUAUGUACAGUAGUGUUUAGGGUUAAUUUUAUCAAUAAAUCUUUAAACAUUCCUUCAAAUGCAAUUCUGAAAUCCUUGUCUUUUUUAGAAUGGCAGUUACGUGGUUACAAACCAAAACCCUUGCUGUACACUGAUGUUCUGAUUGAAUAAUCAUAGUUAAAUAUUCAGAGCUGCGAGAUACAGAUGCAAAAAUAACUUCUCUAAUUUAUGUGGGUUGAAAUAACGUUUAUCCAUUUCCACUGGGAGCAGUGCUGCUACAUAAUUUUGUUCAUUUUUGUUUAUCAAAAAGGUUUGGAAAAGAUCUUUGAUAUGUCCUUUAAGCUGUAAUGACCCAGAGGUAUAUUUUAUGCAAUAUUUCAAUCUGAUGUGUAAUUAAAACAGUUUUUUUUUCAAUGAUGAUGCACUUUUCCUUGUGCAACAUCAUUUCAGAUGCUAAUUUCCUUAUUACUUAGAUCAUCUAGGUUGUAUUAAGGUCAUCUUAUUUUGCCUCAAGUCUUGUGAUGAAAAGGAGUUUUUUUAGAUAUUUUAUUGUAACAGCUAUGCAGUACAGUAUUGUAAAAGAAGUAUGCUACACUUUCACAUGUGGAGAUAAAUGAGAGCUUUUGCUCUAUGUAAAUAAGUCUUUAACUUAGUUUUCUCUAUUAACUACCUGAUAUUGACAAUUUUGAUUACCAGUGUUUUAUCAUUGGAACUCUUAAAUAAAUUAUAAAAUUUACAUAUAAGGGAAGACUUUUUUACAUAUCUCUUAGGAGGGAAUACAUACAUUUUGGUUUCCUUUUUGCUUUGCGCUACUUACUAUUCAGAAAAUUCUUCAAUAAUAAGGGGAUAUCUUAAGCAUUGUGUACUGUAUAAAUGUGUAAUACUUAUCAAUUUAUUCUUUUGGGAAAAUAUAACUUUUAUUACUUUUUGUAUAUAUAUUCAGAAAAAUAUCAGUAUUGAACUUUUUCUACUUAGCAGGCUUUAUUUUUAGGUGCAGUAUAAUAGAUGCUGUGUUAAAAAAUUAAUUAGUACUAUGACUGUAUGCCACAAAGCAUGUUUAUGAGUCCAGUGAUUUUCCAGAUUUAUACACCUGUAGUUUUUUUAAAAGUUGGCCAUUCAUUUUAAAGGAGUAUUUAAAAAAAAAGUUACAUUUGAGGGAUUUAGUGAUGCAAUAUUUUAGUUUCAUGGUCCACAACAAUAAGAAAUUUGAAACAUAACCUUUUAAGAAUUUUUGAACUGUGCUUUUCAGGUCAAAUUAUGGUCUUGUAAUUAUGAUGCAAUUUAAGAUCUUUGAUAAGUUCUCAAAGAAACUAUUUUUAAAUAAUUACAUUAUCAUCAGAACCUGAUCUCUAUUGUAGGUUAGUGCCCAACAAUGUAUCACUCAUUUAAAGAGGUUUGUAGGCAUUUUCAUAGGGACUUUGUCUAAACUUACAGCCAUCAAACUAUUCUUUUAACAGACAGAUUUGAAUGUUACAUUUUACUGCAUGACUAUUUAAUCUCUUCCAGAGCAUGAACCAUAUGAAACAUUAUGAAAUUUAUGUUUUUAUUGGCAAACAAGAGAGGUUUUGUAAUUUUGUUUCUAUUUUGGUAUCAACUCUCAGCCACAAGCAAUUAUUACUGCAACCCAAAAACUAUUUUUCUUGGUCAAUAGAACAAUUAUUACUGCAAUCCAAAAACUGUUUUUCCUGGUCAGUAGAUGUUACCUUCAUAUAAAUUUCAAAUAAAUAUAAAUAAAAGUAAAAGUUAGUAUCUCCCAAUUUGUUAUUUGUGAAGUAAGAUUGACAUCUUGAUACUCUUAUAAAAACUGAAAAGUGCUAGACUAUGUUUCCAGGUUUAAGAAUUUAGAUGCCAUUCCCUCUCUGUUCUUUCUAUAGGGUUGCUAGGUUUUCUCUUAAAUCUUCUGUACAUUCUAGAGGGACAGAUAUAAUUAAAAGAAAAAUUGUAGUUUGUAUCAGAUGAAAUAUUCUUAUUUUUCCUCUCUGGGUCAGUCAGGUGGAGUAAUUACACAUUUGUUUACUGUAUUUCUGCUAUCAAUAUUAAUUUGAUUGUGACCUGUCAUGAUUAAUGAACAUUGUCAAAGUUAUGAAAAACAAAAGUUCAGUGGAAAUCUUUAACCAUUUACUGUUAAAAUAUUUUGGCAACAUGUACCUUCCUCAAUUUUGGCAGUUACCAUAUAAGCUGUGCAUAUCAUAGGUACCAAUAAAUAGCAGCUGCAAGGUAGACUUUUUGAAAAUGGAAUAAAUCUUAUAAAUCCUAGGUAGGCAUUACAAUAUGAGGGAAAAUUUCAGUGUAAACAAACUUGUAAUUUUCUUAAUGUUCAUGAUGCAAAACACUUUAUUUAUACCACUGACAUUUUAUAGUAGUUGCUUUAUCAUGAAUUAAAGUUCAUAACAGAACAAUAAGAAGCAAACCAGUAGCAAUUAGGUAUUCAGAUCUUAAAUGGGAUUGUUGUAUGCUUAUAAAUAAAAAGGUAUGCUUCAUUCUGGUUGCUUUAUGAAAAAGUAAAGCUGUUAAUCGUAUUUCAAAGCCAGUAUAUUAAGUGAUUAGGCUCAAAGGGAACAGUUUGACAAGCAAGCAAUAACACCGAAAUAGUCAUGUAUAUAUCCUACGUAUCUGCCAUUCAUCAUACAUAUAGCGCCGCAGCAGGGCUUUCCAGUCACAACACUUUUCUGCCACUGGUGUUGCAAGUCCCUAAGAAAACACAAAAAAAUAUGCUUUAUGCCUUAGAUGAUGCCGUUGUUUUGGUUUAUUCCAAAGAUGUACUUUUGUUUGUUUAUAAAAACUGCAUGUUAACUGUCUCAAUUCACAAUAUUUUCAUUUGAGUGAAAUGAAGUAACUAUAAUCUUUCAUUUAAAGUUUGUAUAAAAAGAGUGCUGUUGUAUUAGAAGCAUUUCACUGAAGUGCAGUUGGAGUCAAGUGCCGAGUUAACAAGUGUCAAGUUUUAUUGAUCUCUGAUCAUUAUUGUACAGUACUCAGUAAAUUAAAGGAUCAAAUUGUUA